AUGAGUUCAGUGCCAGGUAACGUAAAUAGGUCCGAAGAGCAGCGGAAACGUCCCACUUUACAGAAUAUUGCAACCAAAGAGAAACCAAAAGAAAUACACACUCGGAAAUCCGAUGUACUAGAAAUAGCUGUAACAGCGAUGUCUAAGGCCAAUACAUUAUAUCAGGACGCUAAGUUGCAGCUAGAGCAGUCUGGAAACUUAAAGACUUCCAUAAAAGAGACGGUGGUAAAUAUCCUUUCUGAACUCUUUGGAAUCGUAUUACAGUUAAACGAAGAAAGGCAGACUCUACUCCUACAAUUGGAGAAAGCUCGUAUACAACUUAAAGACGAUCUACUUAGGCAAGAAAAACAGUAUGUAGAGAGCCUUAGAGCACUAAUGGAUCAGGGUAGUAUAGGAGAUAUUCAGUCUGCUCUCACCGAAACAGUGAGUGAUAUGAGAACCCUAACGGACUCAUUGAAGCACACGAUGGGCAAUGACACCUUAUUGGAUAAACAUACUUUUAUGGGCAAAUCGGAGGAUACCAGAAGGGAACUGAUGGAAAUAAAAGAAGAAUUAUCAUCCCUAAAAGACCAAAUGGGUGGACUUCGAGAGUCUUUGGUUAUAAGCGAAACAAAUGAACCCACAUAUGCCAGCAUAGCUGGUCGACUUAAGGCCAAAAUAAACAGUAAAAUGAUGGCUCCAAUGCACUCAGUUCUGGUCAAAAGGGAUGCUGUGUCGCUGACCGUAGAUAAGAAAGCGAAGCUUGCUCGUAAUUUAUGA